AUGUCGACCUCGAUCCUUGUCUCGGCCUUUGCUCCGUUCCCGACGCUCUCGCUCUCAGCGCCGUCGGACGCGUCGUUCUCCAGCCUCUAUGACUUGCUCGCCGACCGUUAUCCGGAACUCCCUUCUGACCUCCUCUUGACGCCUCACCGUGGCUGCGCGCCCCCGCCAGAUGCUCCACUUUCUUCGCUGCAAAAUGAUACCAAUGAACCGUCGUUUGUUUCCCUGCGCUUGGUCCCCCGGCUCAGGGGAGGCAAGGGAGGUUUCGGCUCGCAGCUGCGUGCCGCUGGUGGCCGUAUGAGCAGCCAGAAGACCAGCAACAACGAUUCGUGUAGGGAUCUCAGUGGGAGGCGGCUGAGUACGAUCAAGGAAGCUAAGAAGCUGGCUGACUACAUCGAAAGUGAGCCUCUUCGGAAGAAGGCACAACAAGAAGCCCAGAGAGCGAAGCUCGAGGCACUCGAGAAGAAGCUCGGCAUCGUGCACUCGGCAGAUGGCUCCAAGACCUCCUCAGAGCCGUUGGCUGGCACGAAGCACCGCCUGGACGACACAGAAUACCUGGAGCAAAGCCGGGAGAUUGUAGACAACGUGAAGAACGCUGUCUCCGUUGCCAUGUUGAAGAAGAGGAAGAAGGCGAAGACCUCCCAGAGCUCGCCAGCUGCAGACAAAGACAAGUCCGGUGCAUCCAGCGUCCCUGCAGCAAUCGCAGAGGUAGCUUCGUCUUCCGCUGCUGCUCUCGCCGGGAAAGUUCUAGAGUCAGCCACGACAGCGCCUGUGGUCGUUGCUGCUGCAUCC